GUGUAUGCCUAUUAAGGCAUCCACACAAUUAAGACACUCAAAGGGAAAAGUAAAACACCAAUUGAAACCAGUUUUUUUUCUGCUGUCAAGCUUCAACAGUCGUGUGACCCCCUUAUGACCAAACAACAAAAGUGGGAAGAAACUCCUUUUUUACCCAAACGAAUCCUUCACCAGUUAUAGGCUCAGGAAGGGGUGGCCAUUUGUUGAGGGUCAGGGGUGGAAGGCAGGACAAAGACACACUGCGGAAGAGAGCCAGAGAUUAAUAAGCUACUGAGCUGCAUUUAUUAUAGCUGGCGCUGUAAACUUACUCAGCACAUAGGAGGAGCAAAGAGUAGUCCUGCAAUAAAAGGUACUUCGAGGCAGCCUUUGUAGUGAUUUGGCACCAUAUAAACAACUGAAAACAGAAAGAAUCUGGAGCGAAAAUCUGUAAAGAUCCCAACAGACAAAGGACUGAAGGACAUUUAAGUAAGAAAUCUGCUCAAGGACUAAGAUUAAGGUCAAAGAGAGGCUCAGCCACUGCAAUUUUUGAUUUAGUUAUCAGGAUAAAACCAGACAAACAAAGAGUAAGACAGGAAUCUAUUUAGUGCGUUUAAACUUUAGGAAAUGCUGCACAGGGUAAAUUUGGCUUCAUGCUUGGUGCUCUGGAUCACUUCCUGCGCCAUCACCUUGGCUGUGGAUCCCAACGAUUACAUGGCCAGAGCCUUGCAGUUAAUGUCAGAGACGCCACUCAUUGAUGGUCAUAAUGACUUGCCUUGGCAGCUUCGGUCACAAUUCAACAAUCAGCUGAACAAAGUGGAUCUUAACACACUGGCAAACACUCACACCAACAUCCCUAAGAUCAAGGAUGGACGACUGGGUGCUCAGUUUUGGGCAGCAUACGUCCCCUGUGACACUCAGUACAAAGAUGCUGUCAGACAAACGCUGGAGCAGAUAGACGUGAUUCACAGGAUGUGUCAGAAAUACCCUGAAAUCUUCAUGUUUGCCUCCAGUAGCCAAGACAUCUUGAAGGCCUUUAAUAUGAGUAAGACCGCCAGUCUGAUUGGGGUUGAGGGUGGUCACUCACUCGACAGCAGUCUGGGGACCCUGCGCACCAUGUACCAGCUGGGGGUGCGCUACCUCACACUCACCCACUCCUGCAACACACCUUGGGUAGAUAACUGGCUCGUGGACACUGGAUCAGAGCCAUCGGAGCAUAACGGCCUCUCUUCUUUUGGCAAACAAGUAAUUGCGGAAAUGAACCGCCUGGGGAUGCUGAUCGACCUGGCUCAUGUUUCUGAGGAGGUGAUGAACCAGGUGCUGACCCUGUCUAAAGCUCCGGUCAUCUUCAGCCACUCCUCCGCAUACGCCGUCUGUCCACAUAAGAGGAACGUCCCAGAUGACGUCCUGAGACGAGUGAAUGAAACUAAAGGAAUUGUGAUGGUCAACUUCUACAAUGACUAUGUGACCUGCAGCAAUACGGCUAAAUUGUCUGAUGUCGCAGAUCAUUUCGACCAUAUAAAGAAAGUGGCCGGGGCAGACAUCAUCGGCUUUGGUGGAGAUUAUGAUGGCGUUCCCAGAGUACCUGAGGGUUUGGAGGAUGUGUCCAAGGUCCCCAAUUUGGUGGCUGAACUGCUCAGGAGAGGAUGGACUGAUGAGGAAGUCAAAGCUGCUCUUGGAAAUAACCUGCUCCGUGUCAUGAGUGAGGUUGAGAAGGUCCGCGACAGCAUGAGCAACGAGAUCCCGGAUGAUGUUCCCAUUCCAAACGAAGAUGUGCAGAACCCGUGCAGAACAAGCUUCGGAUACCCCAGCACUUCCGGCUCCAACGGAUCAGCCCAGUCGCUCAGUACACUGGCGCUUCUGAUUACACUGGUUCUCCAGGCUUGGAUUACAUCAACUGUUUAAUGGGUGACUGUAGAACCUACAGUAUGUAAGUCCUGAGUUACAUCCUGAACUGUAAUGCUAUACC